CAUGGGGCGGGUUAGCAGCUGGAGGAUUCUUGUGGCGGUGGCCCUUCUGGCCAUGGCGGCCGUGGAGCUGUGCGCCGCGAUACCGUUCGACGAGAGGGACCUGGAGUCCGACGAGGCGCUGUGGGAUCUGUACGAGCGGUGGCAGGAGCACCACCGCGUGCGGCGCCACCACGGCGAGAGGCACAGCCGGUUCGGCACGUUCAAGGCCAACGUGAGGUACAUCCACGAGCACAACAGCCGCGGCGACCGGCCGUACCGACUCCGCCUCAACCGCUUCGGCGACAUGGGCACGGAGGAGUUCCGCGCCACGUUCGCCGGGUCCCGCCCCAACGACCUCCGCCGUGACGGGUUCGAGGCGCCGCCGCUCCCCGGGUUCAUGUACGAGGGCGCCAGGGACCUCCCCCGCGCCGUCGACUGGCGCCGGAAGGGCGCGGUGACCGGCGUCAAGGACCAGGGGAAGUGCGGCAGCUGCUGGGCGUUCUCGACGGUGGUGUCCGUGGAGGGCAUCAACGCGAUCCGGACGGGGCGGCUGGUGUCGCUGUCGGAGCAGGAGCUGAUCGACUGCGACACGGCGGACAACAGCGGCUGCCAGGGCGGCCUCAUGGAGAACGCCUUCGAGUACAUCAAGCACAGCGGCGGCAUCACCACCGAGGCCGCCUACCCGUACCGCGCCGCCAACGGCACCUGCGACGCCGUCCGGGCGCGGCGCACCCCGCUGGUGGUGAUCGACGGCCACCAGAACGUGCCGGCCAACAGCGAGGCCGCGCUGGUCAAGGCCGUCGCCAACCAGCCCGUGUCCGUCGCCAUCGACGCCGGCGACCAGUCCUUCCAGUUCUACUCCGACGGCGUCUUCACCGGCGACUGCGGCACCGACCUCGACCACGGCGUCGCGGUGGUCGGCUACGGCCAGACCGACGACGGCAUGGAGUACUGGAUCGUCAAGAACUCUUGGGGCACCGCCUGGGGCGAGGGCGGCUACAUCCGCAUGCAGCGUGACUCCGGCUUCGACGGCGGCCUCUGCGGCAUCGCCAUGGAGGCCUCCUUCCCCGUCAAGUUCUCGCCCAACCGCGCCACGCCGCGUCGCGCCCUUGGCGCCAAGGACUCCCAGUGAUCGCUCGCGCCGCAUCUCCCCCGUACACGUGCCAAUCAACGGCGUACGCAGCCUGGAUCAACGGCUCUGGCUGCGUCUCCUCCUCCUGCUGCUGCUGCAAAUGCUGCUAUUACUAUUGCUGUUGCCCUUUGGUCAAUUGCUUUGUCUAAGUAAUUCGUGUGAGACGACCAGGGAAAAGAAUUACCUGAAAUCGUCGUAAGUAAUUGCUAGUGUGUAUUUCGUGUGCUAAAUAAGUUUAGAUGUGAGGUGAGGUCGAUCUA